CUUCACGGGGAGAAAUUGGAGGCUGCUGAAACAUACAGACUGCAGAUGGAAGGCAGACCCUAGUGUCAGUUUAACCGCUUGGUCUUCCCACAUGGUGUUUGGAGGGAAGGCUAUGCAGAAAAUAGUUAACUUACUUUCAGAACGUAAAGGUUUUUCAGUGUCAGGUCAGAGCGCAAACGGAGACACACAGUGUAUGCUCAACUGCGUUAACCGCGCACAAGUUCAGUUCUACAACACUGUUAAGGCUGAUUACCUUGUACAAGACAUUACCGGAGGAGAGACACAGACAGACAGUGGAGACACAGACAGGCGGUGGAGACGGGGCAGUUUCGCUGUCUGUACUGUAUCAUAAUUUAGAGACGUGGAAAAUAACUUUUUACCACAUCCAGCCUUUUUAAAGAGCUAGCGACGGACUCCAGCCUGUACCAUCGCCGGUCUCGGCGCAUCUCAGGACUGAAUUCUCCCCACUCAGCCAGAACUGUGAAACAAAAAGCUGACUUUGCUUUUAAGUAAACGUAACGUCUGGACCAAGGGAGCAAGCACGCGCUCUCUCCGUCUCUCUCGCUAUGGUACAGCGGACGAGCAACACGGAGAGCUCGGAAGCGGUCUUUUUCGCCGGCGAGUCCUCCGACUCCGGGGCCAUGGAUCUGGACAUGGCAUCCUCCCCGACCCCGGGCUCCACGGCUUCGGCAGGGGACAAACUGAACCCGGCCUGGUGCAAAACCCCCAGCGGUCACAUCAAGAGACCGAUGAAUGCUUUUAUGGUGUGGUCACAGAUUGAAAGGCGUAAGAUCAUGGAACAGUCGCCGGACAUGCACAACGCGGAGAUAUCCAAGCGACUGGGUAAGCGGUGGAAGCUACUGAAGGACUGCGACAAGAUCCCCUUCAUUCGAGAGGCGGAGCGGCUCAGGUUGAAGCACAUGGCAGACUACCCCGACUACAAGUACCGACCGAGAAAGAAGGUAAAGUCAAGCAGCUCCAAGCCCGGGGAGAAGGGGGAGAAGAUCAGCAGCAGCAACUGCAACACCAGCAUUAAACCUUCCUCCAAAAAAAGUGGUUCGAAAUCAUCCAGCAAACCUCACAAAUUACUUUUUGGGAGCACCAAAGCAUCGUUCCCAGACCAAGGUACAGCAGAUCACCAUUCACUCUAUAAAUCUAAGUCUGUCUCGGCUGCCAAACAAAUACCUGAGAAGAAAACAAAGCGAGUGUAUGUUUUUGGAGGCGGAAGCCUGAGUGUCAGUCCCUCCUCGGCGUCGGUCCCAGCCAGCCCGACCCUCAGCAGCUCUGCUGAAUCCAGCGACCCCCUCAGCCUCUACGAGGACGCCGCGGCGAGCGGAAAAGAGGGCGGCGAGUCUCCCAGCGCCUCGCCGGAGUCGGACCACAGCCACAAGUACACCAGCAUGCGGGCAUCCUCACCUGCACCCUCCGCUUCUCACUCCUCGUCCUCAUCCCAGUCCUCGUCUUCGGAUGAGGAGUUCGAAGACGACUUACUGGACAUUAACCCCAGUCCUGGCUUUGACAGCAUGUCACUGGGAAGCUUCGGCUCCUCCGUUUUGGACAGAGACUUGGAUUUUAAUUUCGAGUCGGGGUCCGGUUCUCACUUUGAGUUCCCCGACUACUGCACCCCUGAGGUGAGCGAAAUGAUUUCAGGGGACUGGCUAGAGUCGACCAUUUCUAACUUAGUUUUCACGUAUUGAACGAAGAAAAAUAACAGGAAGUGUUGUGCAAGCAAAAAAGGGAUUCCGGUUAAGUGAGUUUGCGUCUUUACCAGCCAAGCUUUUACCACAAGGGACCCACAGAACAAGAGCGAAAUAGAGACUGCAAGCGCCGUUGAACUAAGCAAACAGUUGCUUUUUAUUUCAAAGAUCAAGGACUGUGAGACAAGGCAAGGCUUCAAGUAGGCGGAAGACAUUGGUGCGCCCCGUGUAGGAUUGACUGAGAUCCUAUUGAAAGAAACACUCGGUCAGAACUGGAAAACUGUGAUUUAUUUGCACGUGUAUGAGGGUGGGCUAUGGUCUGCUAUACUUUAAUCAAUGUUACUUAAAAGGGACAUUUGAAAACUUUUUAGAAUCGCCAAGUGAACUUCAUGACUUUCAGAGGUACAGAAAUAGGCUGUUGGACAGUUUUUUUUUCCCCAAGGAGAUGGAUUUAUGAACCAGGUGGGUUGAUCCAAGUCGAAUAUUUUGUAAGAAGAAACGCAUGUUACCUGUCCUCUCUUGUGUUGAGGUUUCUGUAAGACUGUCGAACAGUUAAACUUGCUAGGGUUAUUUAAAUGGAUAGAUGGCGCUAUGUUUGAUUCCUUCCUAAAAGGAAAAAAAAUCACCAGCUGUUUAAAUUUCAGGAUUCAAACGCAACUCAAAUCUGUGCUGAACUUUAUACACUUCUACAAUUCAGGACCAAAAUCCUUUUUAUGUUUUUGUUUUCAGAUGUUAUGUAUAGAGAAAUCCUCACCGAUUUUUCAUCCUCGAGUUUUCUUUUGUACAUUUAUCAGAUGCCAUUUUUAUACGUAUUUAUAUACUGGCCAAACAUUUUAGACUUUUAUGUUUUUGUUCUCGUACUGGUCUCGUCACGUUUUUUCGCACCGUCUGUUUCCUUCUCCGACGAAGGGCUAGAGUUUUAACUAUUGAUUUCUUUUAUAUUUAAAUGUAGACUUUUGACACUUAAAGAGAGGAAACGUUUGAUUAUUUUCUCAGUGUAUUUUUGUACAAAUAUAUAUCAAAGGGGGUGUCAAUCGGUGUAUUAUCGCUGUUUGGAUUUCCUAAUUUUAAGAACCAGGUGGCUGGUUAUCUCUGAAUCAGCCUCCUGUCCGUGUUUACAGUAUCUAUCUGCAGGCGUCUUAAAGACACAGUAUCACAUUUCUCAAUACCCCUGUGAACAUGUGCUUCAACACACAAGUACUUAGAGCAGCCACUUCUGCAUUUCGUUUUAGAAUCUUGCCUAAUAACGAGAGAUUGUAGCUUUAAAUUAACCAUUUCUUGGCGUUUUAUAUCGAAAUUCGGUUUCAACCACUGGAUGGAAUAUAAAGCAUAUUCAAAUUGCCGAUUUGAGUUCGCAACAAUUAUGUACUGCGUUUCUCAUUGUAUUUGAAUAUUUAAUCUUUUCUACUUGUCGGCUAACUAUAGCUAAUUGUUUUAGUAUCUUAUGGCAUGGUGAAUAGCAUUUGUAUUUCAGAUUCAGGUUAUAGCUGUUGUGUUUUUAAUAAGAUAAAAAUGAGGAAAACGAGAAAACAUCUUUGUAUAUUUGACUGUAUCAUAAGCAAAAAGAUUGUGUGUUUAUGUAUGUUGUUGAGCUAUAUCAUGACAGGCGCUAGAACAGCUAUCUUUAUACAUCCUUACUUAAGUUUAAGGUGGUGGUUCAGGAUUUUAUAUAUACAGUUUAAAUAUAUUAACUUUAUUUUCAUCCAUUCUGUGCAAUAUGCUGUGUAGAAUAUUGUUUCGUCUAAUCAUGCCAUAACACCAUUUUGGAGGAGAAAACUCAUGCCAGCUAGUAGUGUCAAGUCCCUGCCUGUCAGAUUGUUGAUAUUCUCCUGUACAUAACUUUUUCAAGAAGGUAAUAAAAUCAGCUGGAACUGAACCCUA